GUAUGCAUAACUCGGCCGCAGAAACGGAAGUUGAAACGAAGAGAAGAUGCAGCGAGACAAAACAAGCAACGCCAGUUCGGCUGAAAAGCCCGACCGGGAGGCCGCCAUCAUGUCGAAGUACUACGACGGAGUGGAGUUUCCUUUCUGUGAUGAGUUCUCUAAAUACGAAAAAAUGGCUAAAAUUGGACAGGGGACUUUUGGAGAGGUUUUCAAAGCAAAGCACAGACAGACUGGGAAGAAGGUGGCCCUGAAGAAAGUUUUGAUGGAAAACGAGAAAGAAGGGUUUCCCAUCACAGCUUUAAGAGAGAUCAAGAUCCUGCAGCUCCUCAAACAUGAAAACGUUGUCAAUCUAAUCGAGAUCUGCAGAACUAAAGCCACUCAGUUCAACAGGUACAAAGGCAGCAUCUACCUGGUGUUUGACUUCUGCGAGCACGACCUGGCCGGUCUGCUGAGCAACACCAAUGUGAAAUUCACUCUGUCAGAGAUCAAGAAGGUCAUGCAGAUGCUGCUAAACGGACUUUACUACAUUCACAGGAACAAGAUCCUGCACCGAGACAUGAAAGCAGCCAACGUGCUGAUCACCAGAGACGGCGUCCUGAAGCUGGCUGACUUUGGUUUGGCUCGAGCCUUCAGUCUGGCCAAGAACAGCCAGGGGAACCGAUACACCAACAGAGUGGUCACGCUGUGGUACAGACCUCCAGAGCUGCUGCUCGGAGAGCGAGACUACGGCCCUCCUAUUGACCUGUGGGGAGCGGGCUGCAUCAUGGCCGAGAUGUGGACUAGAAGUCCCAUCAUGCAGGGAAACACGGAGCAGCACCAGCUGACCCUCAUCAGCCAGCUGUGUGGCUCCAUCACUGCAGAGGUCUGGCCCGGUGUGGAUAAGAAGUACGAGCUUUACCAGAAGAUGGAGCUCCCUAAAGGUCAGAAACGAAAGGUAAAGGACCGUCUAAAAGCGUAUGUCAAAGACCCAUAUGCUCUGGACUUGAUUGAUAAACUCCUGGUCCUGGACCCGGCGCAGCGUAUCGACAGCGACGACGCACUCAACCACGACUUCUUCUGGUCAGACCCAAUGCCGUCUGACCUGAAGAACAUGCUCUCUACCCACAACACCUCCAUGUUCGAGUACCUGGCUCCGCCCAGACGGAGGGGACACAUGCCACAGCAGCAGCCCAACCAGAACAGAAACCCAGCGACGACGAGUCAGACCGAGUUCGACCGAGUGUUUUAAAAGAAUCAGGAGGUUUCUGGAGAAGUGUUUUGGACUUUGGAUGCUCCACAUUCCCUCUUCUUGGCCAGCAUUACCUGGAGAAAAUCUCUGAUGUUUGCAGUUUGAGUGUUGGUCUGUAGGAGUCCACAGUGGAGGAUAUGAGUCGUCAGGAAGUAGUCCAAGUUGUUCAGAGUCUUUUCAAAGAAAGGAAACUAAUGUCAGACUUCUGCUGUUCAUCCAGGGACCGAUGUUCUCACCUGUAGAGUUGACAGGGGUCCCAGCUUCACUGUAAGCAGCUAGAGUGAGUCUAGCAUUUCACUUUUGUUUUUAUACACUCAUUUUAUUAUUAUUUUGCCUAAAACAAACGUUCCCUUACAUGCUGUGCAGUAUUCUGAUGUUUUUAUUUAUAAGAGACUUUAAUUUGAACCAUUUUACAAGGAAGACACUCUGAUGUGAAUGUGACAUAAGGUUACCCGAAAUAAAUGGUUAUUUUUCCUAA